CCUUUGGUGCGGACAUGACGGAAGUUUAGACGGUUGCUCUGGGUGAACGAAAGGAACGUUGACAGCAUCGAAAAAUACAUCAUUCUAUUCCCGCACAUUAACCCAGUUUCCCCUUUCCCCUCACACAUGGCGUCCAAUUCUAACAUAGAUAUUGAGGGUGCGACCCAGCAUCUUCGCGACAUCCUAAAGCUCGACCGUCCCGGGAACACCACCGAUGCAUCAAGUGAUAUUCUGAGAAUGCCAACUUUAAAUGGAGAGCUGAAUGGGUUAUUGGGAGCAGCAGGCCUUCUGGGAGGAACUGAUCGGUCAUCCAUGUCGGACUCUACCAGACCCAUCUCCACAGACCUGUGCAGCACUCAGGAGUGUCAGAUAAUCUGCCUUUCUGGUGAUGAUGGCUCCACCUGUACCCCUAUCACCUCCAACAAUGUGGAGAUAGUGGCGAGUCAGGAUACCAGCAUCAAUAGCAAGGCUCGUGGCAGCAACAAGGUGAAGAUCCAACCUGUUGCUAAGUAUGACUGGGAACACAAGUAUUAUUAUGGCAGACUGAUAGCCGUCUCCAACUCUUUCCUGGCCUAUGCCAUCCGAGGAGCCAACAACCACGCGAUGAUUCGAGUCCUGAGUGUGACUUUUGCAGAGCGCUCUUUGCUGAAGGGCUUCACUGGAGCUGUUACAGAUUUGGCCUUUGCCCACCUUGACUCCUCGCUGUUGGGCUGCGUAGAUGAGGCAGGCAACCUCAUGGUCUGGCAGCUCACCUGCACUGGAAGCAAGAUAUUUGAUCAGAUUGUGGUUCAUAUCCGACGACCGGAGGACUCUCCGCUGAACUCCCACCGUCGCCUCAUCUGGUGCCCGUUCAUCCAGGAUGACAACGAUGACAACCAGGAGGACAUCAGCCAGACCCUAGCCCUUCUCCACGAAGACUUGGCUGAGGUGUGGGACCUGGAGGUGUUGAGAGCCAACCACAGUAGUUGGCCCGUGGAUGACACAGACGUGAAAGAAGGUCUCAUCAUAGUCAAGGGACAUACCCAGAGAGUCAGUGAGGGGGCUCUGUCUCCGGAUGGAACGGUGUUGGCCACAGCCAGCCACGAUGGGUACAUCAAGUUCUGGCAGAUAUACAUCGAAGGGGUACAGGACAAGCCAAGGUGUCUUCAUGAAUUGCGGCCCCAUGGAGGACGUCCCCUUUCCUGCCUUCUGUUCUGCGACAACCACAAAAGACAGGAUCCUGACGUUCCUUUCUGGCGGUUCCUUAUAACUGGAGCGGAUCAGAACCAGGAGUUGAAAUUGUGGUGUACUGUUUCCUGGACCUGCUUACAGACCAUCAGGUUUUCACCAGAUUUGUUCAACUCCUCAGUUCUACCGAGUCUGAAGGCCAGUCUGGACCUCGCUUCUGAGUACCUCAUCCUUACUGACGUACAGAGGAAGGUUCUGUAUGUGAUGGAGCUCCGGCAGGACCUGGAGAAAGGAAAGGCCAGUUUUACAGCAGUGUCGGAGUUCCUGCUGACCCACCCUGUGCUCAGCUUUGGGGUCCAGGACGUCUCACACUGCCGACUGCGACACACCGAGGUUCUCCCCGCGGAAGAGGAGAGCGAGAGUAUGACAACAGAGGGCACGCAAGGACUAACAGAGUCUAAGUCUGGGAUCCAGAUUAAACUCUACUGUGUCCACACCAAGAGUCUGCAGGAUGUCCAGAUCUGGUUUCAGCCCAGCUCUCCAGUUUUCCUGCCCAAUUCUGAUACUCAGGAUGGUUUUGCAGGCUUUUCAGACAAUCUCACUGACCACAGCUCGGACAAGGAAUCGGGCAACGGCUCCCAGACUGACCUAAGAAAGAUCCCGUCACUUCCUGCUCCAACUGACUUCCUGUCAACCUCGGGGGCCAGCAGUGGCACCAAGCUGAUGACUCCGGAUGCCUUCAUGACACCAAGCACUUCGGUACCAGCAUCCCCUGGCAGCAGCGCCAGCAGUUUGACCGUUGUGACAGCGAUCAACAGCAACUCUGACUUAACUAACAGAGCUAUGGAUGAAGUCAGUCAGAGUCCAAACAGAGCAGAGAACAGCAGCAGCAGCAGCAGCAGCCUGACCCUCUCCAGCAGCAGCCCAAGAGCUGUUUCUGCAGUGCUUUUGCCUGGACUUGAGAACCUACAGGCAUUAGCAUCCCCCAGCGGUCCUCUGGCACUGGAUAGCCCUCAGGUUGUGGACUCCCCCCUCCUACCCCCUCUGGCUUCUCCGACCAGAGCCCGCUCCCCCGACGUCAUCUCCUCGGCCUCCACCGCCAUGUCCCAGGACAUGCCGGAGAUCGCAUCGCAGACCCUUCAGCUUCAGCGCGGCCAUUUGUCCGGUUUGGAGCCGGUACCACUCUCCUCUCUCCAGGCGGACAGCAUGGCUUCCGCUGCAUCGGCCCUGCACCUUCUCACUUCCCCGCGCUCAGCUAACAACGGCCUGUUGCCCCCCGAACUCGGGGGUGCAGAUGGUCCGGUGGGCGGCGCAGGAGGAGAUUCUGAGGCCAGACUCAGCCACACCCCAUCCCUGCUGGAGAAUGCCUUAUUGCAGGAAAACCCCGGUGUCGGUGGAGGCUCUUCAGAGGGCAAUGUCAGCCACACAUCGUGGCCGGCUGCGCCCGACAUCACCAGGGAAACCAGGAACAGUCUCCGGGACAACGGCCUCGGAGAAUACUCGAGAGAGGAGUCGAAGGACAGACGGCUGAGCUCACCUUACCAUCGGCGCUCCUAUCACCUCACACAGAAUGACAGUCAGGACGCCUGCGGGGAGCAGAGUGACCCGAACGACGAGGGGUCCGGCCUCGUGUCCUCAGGAAAUUGUGGCUCUCGUUCCUCUCACCGACUACCGGUUAAGGACUGGAAGACCUCACCACGCGCCUCGCCCAAAGGGAAGAGGAAGACCAAGAAAGAUGAUGGGGAAUUGUCUCAGUCCAGGCAAAUGGACUCUGGUCAGAUGAAUGCCGAAGUGCAGGACGAGCUGCUGAUGCUCUUGCGUAGCCAGCAGAGGGAGCUGACUGACCUGCGUGGGCAGAUUGAAGCCAUGCAGAGCACCAUCAUGGCCCAAGUAGAGCACGUCCUCACCAACCACCAGGAGCAGGAGCAGCGGAGACUAGAGCGGGUUCUGGCAGAGAGACAGAAUGACCAGCAGCAGCUUCAGGAGCAGCUCAGCCAGCAGCUCAGCAGCACCCUCAGCUCGGUGCUAACCAACCGGAUGGACAAAGUGCUCCGGGAGGAAAUGAAGAAGACGGUCCCACAAAGCAUCUCUAAGAGUCUGGAGCCUGUGACAGGGCAGCUGAGCAACACCAUCGCUGCCAAGCUGACCGCUGUGGAGAUCACACUGAAGGACAAUGUCAGCAAGGUGGUCAAGUCCAAGAACACAACAGAUGCGAUUGGUCGAGCAGCGGCCGAAGCGAUGCAGGGUCCCAUCCAGGCGGCCUACAAAGACGCCUUCCAGAGCAUCGUGCUGCCAGUAUUUGAGAGAGGCUGCCAGUCCAUGUUCCAGCAAAUCAAUGACAGCUUUAAACAAGGCACACAAGAAUACAUCCAGCAGCUCGAGAGCCACAUGAAGAACAAAAAGCAGAGAGAGCAGGAGACACGAGACCCCGUUAUCAGCCAGCUCCAGCAGACCAUCGAGACUUUCCAGAGCUCCACCGAUCAGCUGGCCAAUAACAUCACGGCUAAUGUGCGGGCCGAGGUCCAGCACCAGAUCCAGAUGAUGGUGGGAAAUUUGCAGGAGUCUAUUCUGAGCCAUGUGCAGCGAAUCGUCAAAGGCGAGGUGAGCAUGGCGAUGAAGGAGCAGCAGGCGGUGGUCACCUCCAGCAUUAUGCAGGCGAUGAGGUCAGCGGCCGGCACUCCCGUCCCCACAGCGCACCUCGACUACCAGACACAGCAGGCCAACAUUCUGCAGCUCCUCCAGCAGGGCCAGCUGAACCAGGCUUUCCAGCAGGCUCUGUCGGCCACAGAUCUCAACCUGGUCCUGUACGUGUGCGAGACCAUUGACUCCCAGCAGGUGUUUGGGCAGCACCCGUGUCCUCUCAGCCAGCCCGUGCUGCUGUCGCUCAUCCAGCAGCUCUCCUCCAACCUCACCACCCGCUCUGAGCUCAAAAUCAGCUACCUGGAGGACGCCGUGAUGAAUCUGGACCACGGCGACCCGCUGACCCGGGACCACAUGUCCUCUGUGCUGGCCCAGGUCAGGCCGAAGCUAUUUACCUUCCUGCAGCAGGACCCCCACAGCCCGCUCAGCAAGAGGGCGCGCCGCCUGAUGAUGAUGCUGCAGGGCCUCGUCAGCCACUAGUGCAGCACAGCCGUCCCCUCUAUUGAUAACGGAUCACACAAGCCCGUUUUUUUGUUUUGUAGUUGAAUGUGCACAACAUUUUCAGCGCCCCCCCCCCCCCUCCCCCCCCGCCUGUCAGAGUGGUUUCUCCAUACCCAGACCGGUUGUUAGGUGGAGGUAUAUUGGAAGACCCAGUUUGCUUGGUUCAAGAAUAAAAAAAAUCCUUUUUUCUGAACAUAACUGCAAGACAAUAAUGCUCAGGGCAAGCCCUAAGUCCACUGCAGAUUCUUCAAGACCUUCGUUACCACCGCCCCACCAAGAGGUGUCCUGGUUGUAGUCUCUUUUUUUACACCCAUGUCCAUGCAUCACGUCAGGCUUGGAAACUAAUUUUUUCUCUUUCAUGUUUUUUUUCUACAUGACUGACCAGCAUCCUCUUUAGACACAUCUUGGAAUUCGGUUGCUGCCGGAUCAUUAUGUCCCCCUUUUUUUUUUUUUUUGACAUCCCUGCUCCUCCCGGCAACCAGUAUGUAACACUCAAAAGACAUUUGAUGUUGGCGGCAUAUUUCCUUUCAGUUAUUUCUUAAUAGGUUGGAGACGUCAACCUUGCCAGCCCGAAUGCGUCUCUGCUCUGAAGAGGAUCAACAAGCCGCAUUGUUGUUGAUUGAAUUCGUUGCUGCGUUGUUACCCAGGGUGGGAAGCGCGUCUCCUGCACUCUCCAUCUGGCCUUGUUUUUUUGCAAAUCCUUCUAACGAGAGGUCUCCAAUGAAUACAAAUAAGAUUAAAGGAUGAGAAAUAACUUCUUUUUUUUUUUUAAAUAGAACAAAUAUUUGCGAAGGUGCUCCCGGCUGAAAAGAAUUCCCCUUUAACAGUCUGAAAUGUUUGGAGCUCGGCAUCGGGUUCAGCACGCCGUCCAUGUGUACAUCUGUCAUGUAAAUUGAUCAGACCUAUCUUUUUUUCUUCUUUGCCCUCUCCCUUUUUAUAUAAACAUUUAGCAUUCGUAAGACCUGUACACUUGCUUCAAUAGUUGUCAAACUAGUUAUAAUACAUAAAACACUUCCUAAACAAAAUGUUGCCGAUAAUGUUCUUUUUAUCAGGUUAUUCCAAAUGUUUGUAAACUUAAUGUGCAGUUCCUCCUUUAGACUCUAGGAGGCAGCACUUAGUUGGACUGCGGAUGUGCAGUCUUGUUAUUUUAGGUUUUAGGAUGCAUUCCUACUCUUCCAGUAUCUGUUUUACCAAACGUUCUGUUUCUGUACUGAAAGCGUAGGGUCAUUUGUGUUCGGCCCGUCCCCCCCCUGCAGGGCGGCCGCACUGUUUUGUUGAUUGUAAAAAUAAAGUUCUGUUGGUUUCACCUGCGUGUUUAGAUUUCUGUUGAUUUUGAAUUUGUCUAACAAAGUGCCUUAUUGUAUUCUUCAUGUUUGAUCCCAUUUGGGCCUUUAGACAAGUUGCGACGUUAAAGCAUUAACUCAUGGCGGUUCCCUCUUCCCUCUGUCUUUAAAACGUUCACGAUCCAAACACCAAAUAUUCAACCCCCGAUACGUUUGAUUUUGGACGGACAUUUAAAUGAUCAUGCCACAGGGAGAGAGAUACUGUUCAGACUACUAGCACCUCCACUUCUUGGUUUUCUGUCCUCCGAGUCGAGGGGACUGAGCUGUGUAGGAGAAACGAGGCAAGAGAGUAUGCUCCUUUUUUUCCACCUCCUUUCAUUCUACUUGGAUGCUUAUGUUGUAUAUUUUACAUUUAAUUUUACCCUAAGCAUUUUGGAAUAAAAAAAAUACUUGUUUA